AUGGGUGCCAAUACAACGCCGGCACCCUCUCGUGUACUGAAGCGGUCGACACCCAGUACACAGAACAUGAACAAAAACCAAAAGUCCAUCCUAGGUUUCUUCCAACCCAAAUCGUCCCCUUCUGCGCCUUCAGCCUCCCAGCGAAGUUCCAACAAUCCAGCCUCCUCUCCCUCGGAGGCCGCAUCCAUACGUGGCUCAUUCAGUACGACAACCACGAGCUCUGUGAGAUCGAAACUGUCGAAGCAAGGGUUGGAUACCGCCCAGAAUAUUACUCCAGUGCCUAGCAGCGAUGCGAUUGAGCCACUGGAAGAAGAUACACCGACAGCUGUGAGGAAAGUGUGUACUGGAGAACCAGAGUCUUCCGCUUCUAUUACACCUACAAGAAGGGCGAGAACGGCAGUAAAAAGCUAUGUAGAAUCCGACGACGAGGAGGCCAUCAAGCCAAGGCAAAGAAAUGCACGGGGCCGGUCUCAAAAGAGAAGGAAGACAGGAGAUUAUGCUAGUGAUUCGGACUGUUUUGAACCCGAUGAGGAGGAAGAGAAGUAUCUAGACGAUGAUAUCGAUGAUUUUGUAGUCCCAGACGACGAUUCGGAGGAGGAAGUCAAGUCGUCCAAGAAACGAAAACGCCCUUCAAACCCUUCAUCAAAGAAAAUGUCAAGCAGCCCACUCCCAAUUCCUAAGGAGGAUGUGGACAUCGAGAUACCCCAGAGAGCGGCUGGUUCCGCUCAAAAGUGGUGUUACGACCCAGAAAAUGUGAAGCCAUACCAACCACGCAAUCCCCUAGUUAAAUCGGAAUCAAAUAACGGCAACAAAAAGAAGAAGGCCCAUAUGACAGAGCCAGAAAACCGAUAUCCAUGGCUUGCAAACAUUAUGGAUAUGGAUAAAAACCCCAUUGGCCAUACAGACUAUGACCCUCGCACUCUUUAUAUCCCGCCUUUGGCUUGGACGAAGUUCUCUCCCUUCGAAAAACAAUACUGGGAGAUUAAGCAGAAGUUCUGGGAUACCAUUGUAUUCUUCAAGAAGGGGAAAUUUUACGAACUAUACGAAAAUGAUGCCACAAUUGGGCACCAGCUCUUUGACCUGAAACUUACAGAUAGGGUCAAUAUGCGGAUGGUCGGCGUUCCAGAGAUGAGUCUCGACCAUUGGGCAAACCAAUUCGUUGCGAAGGGUUUCAAAAUCGCGCGUGUAGAUCAGUCGGAGUCUGCGCUAAGCAAGGAAAUGAGAGAGCGUGACGACAAGGGGAAUAAAGCAGGAAAACCCCAAAAGGAAGACAAGGUCAUAAAGCGCGAACUGGCAUGUGUCUUGACCACUGGCACCUUGGUGGAAGGAUCAAUGAUUCAAGGCGAUAUGUCGACAUACUGCGUGGCGAUCAAGGAAGCUAUCGUUGAUGGCCUACCCACUUUCGGUAUAUCGUACGUCGAUACAGCCACUGGACAAUUCUUUUUGUCCGAGUUUGUUGAUGAUGUGGAUAUGACUAGGUUCGAAACAUUUGUCGCUCAAACCAGACCGCAGGAGCUGCUGCUUGAAAAAUCUGUGAUGUCCACCAAAGCCCUUAGAAUUCUGAAGAACAACACUGGUCCAACUACGCUCUGGAAUCACCUGAAACCUGUAAAGGAAUUUUGGGAGGCCAGUGUUACUAUCAGGGAGCUUGAAGCUGGUGAUUACUUCGUUUCAGAAGAUCAGGACAAUCUAACCGCCUGGCCCCAAGUACUUCGGGAUGCUCGGGACAAAGACCUCGUUAUGUCCGCGUUUGGAGCUUUGCUACAGUACCUCCAGAUGCUAAAGAUCGGGCGGGAUCUCAUUACCAUAGGGAACUUUACGUGGUACGAUCCAAUUAAGAAGGCCUCCAGCUUGGUCCUUGACGGACAAACUCUGAUUAAUCUCGAAAUCUUUGCAAACACUUACGAUGGAAGCCAAGAGGGAACACUGUUUCAACUACUUAACCGCUGCGUUACACCAUUUGGGAAACGGUUGUUUAAGCAAUGGGUUUGCCAUCCCUUGAUGGAUACCGCAAAGAUCAAUGCUCGUCUUGAUGCCGUCGAAUCCCUCAAUGCGGAUAACACUGUCCGUGAGCAAUUUUCGUCCCAACUGACCAAAAUGCCCGACCUAGAACGACUCAUCUCUCGCGUUCAUGCUGGCACCUGUAAAGCUCAAGAUUUCGUUCGUGUUCUUGAAGGGUUCGAGCAAAUUGAGUAUACGAUAGGCCUGUUAAAAGGGGCUGGAUCCGGCCAUGGAUUAAUUGGGCAAUUGAUCUCCGCCAUGCCGGACCUCACCAGUCUCUUGAAGUUUUGGGAAACAGCAUUUGACCGACCCAAAGCUAGAGAAAUUGGCAUCCUUGUCCCUGAGGAAGGGAUUGAAGAAGAAUUCGAUGCUUCAAGGGAGACCAUUGAACAGCUAGAGGAAGACCUCCAGCAGAUCUUGAACAGGGUUAGAAAAGAGUUGAAAUGCUCUACCAUUAUCUUCAAAGAUAAUGGCAAGGAAAUUUACCAACUCGAAGUGCCCAUCAAGAUCAAAAACAUUCCAAAAUCUUGGGACCAAAUGUCGGCUACAAAGCAAGUCAAGAGAUAUUAUUUCCCUGAGUUGCGGGCCUUGAUUCGAAAGCUCCAGGAAGCUCGGGAGACACAUGCUCAGAUUGUCAAGGGGGUUGCAGGCAGGUUCUAUGCUCGAUUUGACGAAAGUUAUUCAAGUUGGCUUGCGGCAGUCAAAAUAAUUGCCCAACUUGAUUGUCUGAUCGGCUUGGCCAAGGCAUCUACCGCCUUGGGCCAUCCAAGCUGUCGCCCAAUCUUCGUGGAUGAUGAGCGGAGCGUGCUCGACUUCCAUGAGCUCCGACACCCUUGCAUGAUGCCCAACGUUGGUGAUUUCAUUCCAAAUGAUGUCAAACUCGGAGGGGAUACUCCAAACAUCAACCUUCUCACUGGUGCCAAUGCGGCAGGAAAGUCCACGGUCUUGCGCAUGACCUGUACCGCAGUCAUCAUGGCCCAGAUAGGAUGUUACGUUCCUUGCGAAUACGCCCGCCUAACUCCUGUAGACCGUAUUAUGUCCAGGCUAGGGGCCAAUGACAAUAUCUUUGCCGCUCAAUCGACAUUCUUUGUCGAGCUUUCCGAAACCAAAAAGAUUCUCUCCGAAGCCACUCCACGCUCCCUGGUCAUCUUGGAUGAACUUGGCCGCGGAACCAGCUCCUACGACGGCGUGGCAGUGGCACAGGCAGUACUUCAUCAUGUCGCUACUCAUAUCGGUGCCCUAGGUUUCUUUGCCACUCACUAUCAUUCGCUUGCGGCAGAGUUCGAGGGACAUCCUGAGAUCGCUGCUCGUAGGAUGCGUAUUCAUGUCGAUGACGCAGAAAGACGUGUUACUUUCCUCUACAAGCUAGAAGACGGAGUCGCUGAGGGUAGUUUCGGAAUGCACUGUGCCUCCAUGUGCGGUAUCCCGACCAAGGUAGUGGAAGGUGCAGAGGCCGCCGCGAAGCAGUGGGAACAUACCAGCCGUAUGGAGGAGAGCCUUGAGAAAAGGAGAGGUGGCGGAUUGAUCGGUUUAGGCUGGUGGAGUGAUGUAUCAUGGAUCCUCAAAGGCAACAAGCAAGGGGGAGAUACAACAGCUCAGCAGCAAAAUACCGAUCGUGGAAUCGAUAUUCUCCUGAAGGCUAUCGAAGCCCUCUGA